CUCUCUCUCUCUCUCUCUCUCUCUCUGCAACUUCAUGUCGAUCUUUCAGGGAGUGAUGAUGGGAAACUGAUUUUUAGUGGGCAAAUAAAGCAGCCAGAAAAGGCACAGUAAAAAGAUAUAUGACCGCCACUCCCCCACAGUCCCACACACAUAAAGAUGAUCAUGGUUCAUGAUGAUCACCACUCCUCCUCUUAUACCUAUUCUGGGAUUAAUUCCCCAAACUCGUGUUCAACUCCCUAAUCCUGGUUUAUCAUCGUGUCUCGCUCCCAACCCUGAAGAAUCGUCGUCUCUCUUUCUGUUUCUGAUACACAAAACCAAUUUAGCUGAGUAAAUUGUGGGAAGGGUAAAACAAAAGCUGAGAAAGUUGGAGAGGAAUUCUGCCCAAACAAAAGAAGGAACAAAAAUACAAACUUUCUUUGUUCAGAUAUCUGAUGAUGCAUGCACGUUUUGUCCUUCGAUCACGACUCUUGGGCCUCUCUUCUUUCAGCUGCUUUCGGAUUCUUUCUCUUUCUCUCUUUCUCUCUUUCUCUGAUUGAUUGAUUCACAUCAGAACAGAGAGAGCUUUAGAGAAAGAAGAGCGUGAAAGUCGCGGAAGAACUGUGUGAACUCAGCUCUUUCUAUUUUUGAUACUUACUCAGUUUCUCCCUCUACUGGGUUUCUCUGUCGACAGUCCUUUCGAAAAAGAAGAAGAAAAUGGAGGUCACAGAGUUGUAGCAGAGAAUAGUUCCCAAGGAAUCUUUUUUGUAAUUUCUGGUUUCUGGGGUUUUCUCCUUCUUUACAGAGUUGUAAAGAACCUGAUUGGUUUUUUAAUUGUGUUUUAAUUGAGUGUGAGUUCCAAUUUGCCAGGUUCUCCAUUUUUUGGUGGAUUCUGUAGUUUCUGUUCUUGAUUUUGCAGAGGGUUUGUUUAGUUUUGGAAGCUCUGUAAUGGCGGACAAUAGCUCUCUGCCUUCUCCUAGACCCACUUCAUCUUUCUUCUCUGCUCCAAGAUUGUUCACUAGCUUCACCUCAAAACCGUUCACUGAAACUGAAGUUGUUAGGAGCCCAACUUCUAUUCUUGAAACUAAGCCAUUUUUUGGUCUAAGAAAUCCAUUCUGGUCGGAGUCAAACACACCCAAAACCCCAGAACCCGAAACCAAACGUCACUGGGACAAAUUAGACACCAAAGGCAUUGGCCUUGCCAUUGUUGAUGCUCUUAUUGAUGAUGAUGGCUCUGAUCCAAAACCAUCAAAGCCCCAAACUCGAAUGGUCAUUUUUGGCUCACAACUCAAGAUUCAAAUCCCUCCUCUGUCAUCCUCUGUUCUUUCCCCUUCUGAUUCACCAAAACUCGAAGCUGUUUUCGGAAUCGAAAGGACUAAUUCAGGAGGUCCAUUCUCUUCCGGCCUAUCUCAGUCUCCGGCUAUGCGAUCCCCAUUUGGGACUGUCGGUUCUGGCAAUGAGACUCCAGUUUCGCCUCAGGUUUUCAAAGGGUGUCUCUCUGUUAGUGAAAUGGAGCUUUCUGAGGAUUACACUUGUGUCAUUUCUCAUGGGCCAAAUCCGAGAACUACUCAUAUCUUUGACAACUGCGUCGUGGAGAGCUGUGACGGUGUGCCUGAACUUUCCCCAUCCCGCCAGGAAAACUCUUCAAGUUACCCGUCCGAGAGUUUCCUCGGCUUUUGCUACCGUUGCAAGAAGAAUCUUGGUCAGGGCAAAGAUAUUUACAUGUACAGAGGUGAGAAGGCUUUCUGCAGCAGUGAGUGCCGUUAUCAGGAGAUGGUGUUGGAAGAAGAAGAAGAAGAAGAAGAAGGGAGCUGAUGAUGUUUAAUGGGAAUUGUUCCCGACAGAAACACUUCACUGAAAGAAGAAAAGAAACCAAAAAGUGCUUAAUAAGUCCUUCACCAUAGGCUACUUCUGUUAAUUUCUUCUUUGUUGCUAAAUAAUAGGGAAGGAAUAGUCUCUGUGACACAAAUAUACAAAUCCCUCAUGAAAGACAAAGAUGGCAGUUGAAGUUUUUCUGGGAAAAUGCAUCCUUUUCUUUUGGUUUUGUAAUAGUUUUCUGAGCUCCCCCCUCCUUGUAGAGAGAGGUGAAGAGGGAAUGCAGGGCUGAGAUGUAUGUACAUUUGGAAUUGUUAUGAAUUGAGUAAUGAAAUUGGUGUUGGAUCUGGCAA